CCUGAAAAGGAAGCCAAUGAUGGAAGACAUUGGACAGAACCCAUUGGAUGAUGGGCAUGGGAUAACAGAAAUACCGACUUUAGAAGCCACAAAACAGCAUCUCAACUACCUGAACUUCAACCUUGAAAAGGAUCUGCAGCGUCUGGACGAGGCCAAUCAGAUUCUUCUCAGAAAGAUUCAAAAGAAAGAGAAAUCUAUUCAAAGUCUUGAAAGAGAAAUUGCCUUGUCCACUGAGAGAGUCCCCGAGACGGAUGAGUUCAAUGAGAUUGCAAUACAGAAGGAGAACGCCCUGAAGGACCUGGAGCUGGAGACAGCAAAGCUGGAGGAAAAGAAUAAGACCCUAAGUGAGAAAAUCAUGCAGCUUCAGGAUAGGAUUUCAACAGAACUUAAGAAUCCUAGGCCUGAUCCAGAAACCCUGAGAAAGAAAAUAGCAGAAUUGAAGGUGAAACUACGAAAGUCAACCAAGUCCUGUGCACAGCAAGAGAAGGAAAUAGCCAAGAUGCAAAGUGACUACCACUCUGUACAUGAGCUCUGUGAAGACCAAGCCCACUACAUAAAGAAAUACCAAGAAAUUCUGAGGGAGAUGGAGAAGGAACAAGAAGUGAAGCUGCUGGAAAAAGAAAUGUCCAAAGCCCAGAAUGACUCUUCCCAAAAAGUGAAACCUGGGGCAACUCUGGUAGAGACCAUUCAGAGCAACAUGGAGGAGAACAUCAUUAAGAAAGAGAAGAAGAAGUUUUUGGUUAGGCACUUCCACUACCUCUUCUUCAUGAUCGUGGUCUUCCUUCGGAUAUUGGGCUGUAUGGUCUUCCACCUGCAGUAUAUAAACCCGGACUUCCUCGUGGACACUCUGCCCAUGCUGAUGAGCAGAAGCACGUUGAAGUGGCUGAGGGACAUACUGUUCCCCUUCCUUACACUAGAGGUGGAAGACGUUCUACCACACUAGCGGCAGGCGAUCCGCCAGGCCUCACAUUGCACCUCCAAUGGAGGGGCUGAGGCUGUGGCCCUGCGUUGGUGAUGGGGGGCAGGAAGGAAACGGCUAUGACUCAGGACCUCUAUGUGACAGCUGAGUUUUAUAUGUUAAUUCUCUCCUAGAGUGUCUCUCUGCGAAUACAGAAUGCGUUUGAUCAGAGUUCACUGUGUUGGUCUGUGCAUCCUGAGGCCUUUCUAUGUAGUCACAAAUUCUCUGUUCUCU